AUGUCUGAUGAUGAGACUGAUGAUACAAAAAGUAUAAAUGUUGUGGCCAAAAAUGACGUAGUACCUUCUAGAUCUACGAUUGAAUCAGAAUCUACGAGGAAUACAGAAGAGACUAUCCAAUCAAAAACACAAUCACAAUCACAGAUUCAGCAGCCAGAGAAGACACUAUCCAAUAAGGAACUGAAAGCAUUGAAAAAGAAGGCCAAGGCCGCCAAGAGAGCUGCGGCUAAGGCCGCGAUGUAUGAUGAAGGAGAAGUUAGUAAUCGUCAGGGUGGUAGACCUAAGCGUAACACUGCCUCUCAUAUUAAGAAGCAGUUAAAUUCGGCAAAAAUUAAAGAUAAUGAUGUCAGGAUACCACCCAUGUUUGGCCAUUUGGAGACCAGAGAGGAGAGAAUAUCGGCUUCGCCUGUCAUUGCUAGUAUCGUCCAUCCAUCUAUUUUAGCACUCACUUUGAAAAUUUCCACUUACAAGAUUGUAGGAUCGACUGCGAGAUGUAAGUCGAUGCUGGAAGCCUUCAAAGAUGUCAUAAGUUCUUAUAGUACACCUCAGGGAACCUCAUUACAAAGAAAUCUCACCUCACAUCUAUCUCACCAAAUUGAAUACCUAAAGACAGGAAGACCUUUAUCCAUUUCUAUGGGUAAUGCAAUUCGAUGGUUGAAGCAAAGAAUAUCAUUGGUUUCAAUUGAUCUCAACGAUGAAGCCGGUAAGCGGAUGCUAGUAGAUGAAAUCGAUGAGUUCAUCAAAGAGAAGAUUCUCUAUUCGGAUAGAGUGAUAGAAGAGUAUGCUUCCAAACAUAUAGAAAACAACUCGAAGAUAUUGACCUAUGCGCACUCACAUGUUUUGGCAGAGUUGUUCAAAUAUUGUGCCUUGGAGCAGGAUAAGCAUUUUGAGAUAUACAUUGUUGAUUCCAAACCUCUCUUUGAAGGUAAGAAGUUGGCCAAAAAACUAGCACCAAUUGAAAACAUCAAGUGUCACUACAAUCUGAUUAACUCGCUCUCUUCUGUUCUCGAGAAAUCCAACAUUGAUUUCUGUUUCCUCGGUGCUCAUUCUAUGCUAUCGAACGGUAGACUCUACUCCAGGGUCGGUACUGCUCUUGUAGCUAUGGCUGCUAAGAACAAGAAUAUUCCCGUUUUGGUCUGUUGUGAGUCAAUUAAAUUCAGCGAUAAAGUCCAAUUGGAUUCUGUUACAUUGAACGAAUUGGGAGACUCGGACGAUCUGAUAAAUACAGAGCCUUUCAAUAAGGUGGGAUUUAAUCUACAGCAGUAUCUCAACAAGUUGGCAAGGGAAAAGGAGGAAAAUGGACAGAGCCACAAUCAAAAUAAUAAGGGUCAACAAAAUCAGAAGCAUAGUAAGCAUCAAACAAUUGACUCUGAGGAGGACACGGUAUUGAGCAAUUGGAAGGAUCUCAAGACGCUGUACAUUUUAAACAUUCUGUAUGAUCUCACACCUCCAGAAUAUAUACAGAAAGUCAUUACCGAACUCGGUGCUUUGCCGCCAUCAUCUGUGCCUGUCAUUUUGAGAGAAUACAAGGGUUUGACUUGA